UAAGCGUGAAGCUUUCUCGCCGGACCCCUUUACUUUAACACGUUGCAGCUGCCGCGGAGACUCCGCAGAUGAAUAGAAGAGGGUCAGGCUCUUUCACUGGGGAGCAACGCAUACCAAAUCAGAACAAGGGGGAAUCAAGUUCCUGCACAACUUUUCGAAAGUUUUACUCUUCGUGUUUAUCUCUCAGUAAUAUUUAUUCUGUGAAGUAGUAUGUGUCUAAAAUGUCCUUAAAAUAUGAGUAAACUUUCGAAAGGGUGCGCUGUGGAACUUUAGGAUUUGGGAACAGGCAGCAUUGUUUGGUGUCCUCCCCAUUUCUUAAGAAGUGGGAGGGUCCAAGCAGGAGUAGCAAAAGAAGGAAUUGUUUUAGAAUUCAGUCAUCCAAAAAGACAAUUCCAUAUGGAGGACUUGGAGGUUUGAACAGAAUGUUACUAGCAUCAUCGCUCUAACAAGAGUUUUAAAAACAAAUGUACAAGCUUUAUGCAGAAUAACAAGGAAGCAAUCUGGAUUUACCCUUGCUACAGAGGAAACAACUUUGUAAAGAUUUAUCCGUCAGAGAAAGUUUCGGGUUGAUCCUUUGUAUUCAGUGCAUGGAACAGCUUUGCUAUCUGACAAGUGCUGGAUGAUGAAGGACAUGUUCCUGAUGGAUGGGAGCAGGAUGGGGUUGUGGAAGAACUUAUCUUUUGUUGCUUGGCUUCUUGUAACGGCCCUGGGGUUUCUGGUGUCUGCUGCUGACGAGCUGCCCACAUUCACAGUGCAACCCAUGUCUGCAGUCCAAAAGCUGGGUGGUCCGGUCACACUGAGGUGCCGAGUCGAGCCCCCUACUGCCAACGUGAGCUGGAGGCUGAAUGGACAUGAGCUGAGAGACUCCAACGCCAGCCUAGAGGUGCUGAUCCAGCCGGAGGCUCUCAUCAUCCCGGCCCUGAGCAACCUGACCAUUGGCCGCUACCAGUGCAUCGCUAGGACUGCGAUAGGAGCCAGCGCAAGUGUUUCUGCCACAGUCACUGCUGCCAAGCUGCGGGAUUUCGAGGCAGAUGACCAGCAUGAGAUCGAGGUGGACGAGGGGAACACCGCUGUCAUAGAGUGUCACCUUCCUGAGAGCCACCCUAAGGCUCAGGUCCGCUACAGUGUCAAGCAGGAGUGGCUGGAGACUUCCAAAGGGAACUACCUAAUCAUGCCGUCCGGAAACCUCCAGAUUGUCAACGCCACUCAGGAGGACGAGGGAACCUACAAGUGUGCUGCCUACAACCCUGUGACCCAGGAAGUGAAAACAUCCUCCUCCUCAGACAGGCUGCGUAUCAGACGCUCCACAUCGGAGGCCGCUCGCAUUAUCUACCCCCUGGGAGCUCAGUCCAUCAUUGUGACGAAGGGGCAGAGCCUGGUGCUGGAGUGUGUGGCGAGUGGCAUCCCACCUCCGCAGGUGACCUGGUCUAAAGACGGGGCAGGUCUCCACCAGCAGAACAAGACCCGCUUUCUUCUGAGCAACCUGCUGAUCGACGCCACCAGCGAGGCAGACUCGGGCACCUACAGCUGCCAGGCUGACAAUGGCGUCGGGGAGAUCGGCGCCGCCUAUAUAUUCUACAGCGUGCAAGUGCUCGAGCCCCCGGAGGUGAGCCUGGAGCUGCAGCAGCAGUUUGUGCCCUGGGGUCAGAAUGCUCGCUUCAGCUGUAGUAUCCGAGGGAACCCGCUGCCCUCAGUGGUCUGGCUUCGCAACGCAGCGCCCCUCUCCCAGUCGCAGCGCCACCGCCUGACCAAACGUGUUCUACGUGUCUUGAAUGUGGGACCGCAGGACGAUGGCAUCUACCAGUGCAUGGCUGAGAACGAGGUGGGGAGCUCGCAGGGUGCUGCCCGUCUCAUCACAGUCCCGGCCGAAAAACUCCCAACUCAAAUCAUAAAGCCUGUCAAUCCAGACAAAAUCCUGAGGGACAAGGCCUCGCAGAAGCCUCGCCCAACACUGCCAGUCGUUCCUAUAAAGUGCCCUGUAGACGCAGGGAAGGUGUCGCCUGCUGAAGCUCCCAUCAUCCUCAGCUUACCCAGGACUACAAAAUCGGACUCUUAUGAGUUGCUAUGGAAACCAAGGGAUGGGGGGUCACCUGUACUGGAGUAUAUUGUCAGGCAUAGAAAGGCCACAGACUCCACUGAUGACUGGACUGUAACCAGUAUCCCAGGUAACCUGCACAGACUAACCCUGGUCAAGCUGGACCCAUCCAGCCUGUACGAGGUGGAAAUGGCAACGAAAAACUGUGCAGGGCUCGGGCAGGCAGCCAUGAUGACCUUCAGGACAGGUCGCAGCAGCGGGCCUGAAAAGAUCCUCAAUGAUGAUCCGUGCUCCAGCAGCCAGAACCCCAGCCCAUCAGAUAACGCUUGCCUGUCUCCUCCCGAGGCCCCUGACCGGCCCACCAUCUCCAUGGCCAACGAGACAUCGGUCUAUGUGACGUGGAUCCCGCGCGGUAACCGUGGUUUCCCAAUCCAGUCCUUCUGCGUUGAGUACAAGAAGCUGAAGGGCGGAGACUGGACACGGGCCACCAGCAACAUCCCUCCCUCCCGGCUCUCUGUCCAGAUCUCUCAACUUGAGAAAGGCGACUCCUAUAAGUUCCGGGUGCGUGCAGUGAAUAUCCUUGGGGAGAGCCGGCCCAGCACUCCCUCCAAGCCCUAUGUGGUUUCCAGCAGUCACCGCGUCGCGGUCGCUGGGCCUAUCGCGGGACCCCACAUCACCUACACCGAGGCUAUCAAUGAGACAACCAUCAUGCUCAAAUGGAUGUAUACAUCUUCCUUUAACAACAACACUCCAAUCCACGGGUUUUAUAUCUACUACCGGCCGACAGACAGCGACAAUGACGGCGAUUACAAGAAAGACGUGGUCGAGGGUGAUCGCCACUGGCACUCCAUCGUCCACCUCAUGCCAGAGACCUCCUACGACAUCAAGAUGAAGUGUUUCAAUGAGGGCGGGGAAAGCAAGUACAGCAACGUCAUGAUCUGCGAGACCAAAGCUCGCCGGUACCCACGUACCACAGCCCGUCCGGUGUCUCGUCAUCCUAAUGCAGGCCAUAGAGAGGUGCCAGCAGUAGCACGCUCCAGUGAUCUUCCCUACCUCAUUGUCGGCGUGGUGUUGGGUGCCAUCGUCUUCAUCAUCGUGGCUUUCAUCCCAUUCUGUCUGUGGAGGGCCUGGGCCAAACAGAAGCAAACGUCAGACCUGGCAUUCCCGGCUGCCAGCCUGCCAGUGUCCUCGUGCCAGUACACCAUGGUGCCUCUCCAGGGGUUGGCUGUGCCCAAUGGGCACUGUGCAGCUGACAGAGCCACCAUCGCGCUCAAUGGGGGUCAUCACCCACUGUCCAGGAACGACUACACUACCUCUGGAAAACACCUGAACUACUGCCUUGGUGGGCUGCACCAGGGUGAAAUGGAAUGCAACAGCUUGCUUCAGGAGAACAUGAUGUGCAAUGGCAGACCCGCAGCGUACCGAUAUUCUGAACGGUUGCCCGAGCAUGACCAUGAAGAAAACUCGUUUCUCCCAGACGACUCCACCCACCAGCUUCUCAACACUGGUAAUCACCAGGCCAGCAGUGUGUGCCAUGUGACAGGGAGUGAGGCCCCAUGUUGCAGAAUAGAGGGUGCACGGGAGAUCAACAUGAAUGGUGGCCCUCCUCCGUGCGUUGCUGUUUUAACUCCAGUUGAAGUUGAGAGUCCUGAAACACUCCGGUCUCUGAGCAACUGCUCCACACAGCAGCCCCAGGAUUCACCAGGGCCGGAAGUAACCCAGGAAGAAGUGAUAUUUUCACCCAACACCACCAAGGAGCAGAGUGGGCAGCUACAGAGCAAUGACAAGGAGUAACAGACUGCCAGAGAGACUGGGGGAGGGCGGGAGUAUUUAUUUUUGUAUAACAAACAUAUUUAUAUAUUUAUACAUUUGUAAAUAAAUUGGUAUGUGUUUUGUUAUACAGUUUUAUAUUUGUAUAUAUCUCAGAAAUGUUAAACGAACCCUGUUCUGUACAGGAACUGAUCAAAUAUACGUCUCACUUUACGAAAAUAUGUCUUCCGAGGACCGUAGUGUCAUUGUUUUCUUUGCUGUUAUUCACUAGUUCAUAUUUAAAGAAAUAAGUCCUUUUAAUAUCCAUAUUAAAUUUGGCUAGGACUCCCCCUAAUUACCCUUUGAGAAAAAUUGGCAACACCCAUUCUCUCUUUUCUGCUUUCAAAAUAAUGUCGAAAGGUGAUAAAUCUUUCUAAAUGAUGUCAGAAGCUUAGCUUGUCUGUAAAAGGAGUUCUUUCUAUUUUUUUUUUAAACAUUAGAAUUUCCAAAAUUUCACGCUUCAGUUAUGAAUUAUAAAAAACAUAACUUGAUAAGUUACUGUAGUUUAUAAAACUAUUGGAAAAAAUGUUUUGAGCAGACUGAAUUUGUCAGCGUGUAAACAGUUUACUUUAAUUGUGUGUUUACUUCACUACACUGAUUUUGUAGAGUACUAAACAGUACAACCAUCCAAUAUUAACCUUUCUGAUUGUUCUGGUUCCAAGGUUACUUUUAGUGUGAAAAAUCUCCAUUGCUACAUUUCCAUAGGCUUUGACUUGAACAUCAGAGCUAUAAAAAGCAGACACUUAACAAAAAGAAAAGGAGACCAUUGACAGGCCUGGUAUCUUCUUUAACUUGAGAUUUAUUUGAACCGAACUCAUGAAACAUUGAUGCUACGGUCCUCGGACAACGCAUUGUCCACUACAACGCUUAGAGUAAUUUCUGUUUUAAGAAAUUACCUUGACGCCUGGACCAUGUACACAACUGAAGGGGGAUUGGCCGCUGUUUUCUGUGUUGUGGUGAUGUAUCAUCGAUCAACCCAAAUUUCAUUGCAUAUAUAACAUGGUUGGCUUUUAUGUAAGCCAACCAUGUUUCCCCCUUGUACAGUACAGUGCCAGUAAGUGCAUAAACUGCAGUGUACUUAUUACUGAAAUUCUUUGAAUGUUGCUGUACGUGCUGUAUUCACAUAAUGAUUCAUAUGUACAGGGCUGACAUGUAGUUGGUGUAUAUCCACGUGUGCAUGCUAGACAACGUAGAGUUGAUACUGGCACAGAACCAUACAUGGGGAACACCAUGGGGCCAUAUUCUUUUUGAUUUCUGAUUUGUGUUUACAUUUUUAUUUCAUAAUUAAUUAACCAUGUAAUGUGCACAUAUGGGCAUUUUUAUGUUGCGUCGUUGUGUUUCCUGUGGAUUGUUCUGUGCCAGCCCAGUACCAACAAAAACAACUAUUACCUGCUAAAUAAAGCCCCAGCAUGUUUGGAUAUACCUCAAGCUAUUUAAAACCAGCCCUGUAAGACAAUGCGUGUUCAACCUGGGGCCUAAACAGACUUUUCCUUCAGACCUUGUUGCAUCUCAAUUAUCAGACAUUACUAAUGUCAGCGUGUAUUCACUGUAUUUGUGGUUUGCAUGGUCAGGGCUUUUUUUUUAUAUAUAGAAAAUAUAUAAAACUAUAUUCUUAAUUGCUGUCAUUAUUGAUAUUCUUGUCCGCUAAUAUUUUGUUAGUGAACUACUUUUUAAAACUCUUACGGUUGCUAGUUCUGAAUAAUGUUGAAUAGAAAUCCAUCCUUUAUGUUGUAAAAUCAUACCAUUGCUGAUAAUACUGAACUUUCAUGCAGAAGGUGUAUCGUGUCUGUGGACUGCUAGAAUGGUGAUAUUUUGGCAAGUUUAUUUCAAAGCUAGAACCCAUGCUGUGGGUUUCUCGGCUUGCUAAAAGUGCUCAAUUCUUUAGACAUGGAAUUGUUGCUUCGCUGUAUCGCAUGCGCAGAAAUGAAGGAUGUAGUCUGAAUUCUGUUUACCACUCCUGGUAAUGUGUAACCUCCUGUACUGAUCAGUUAUAUUGUGUUCUGUCAUGUAUUAGGCCUGUAUGCACUUAUGUACAAUAGCAAUUGCAUUUGCAAAUACUUUGUCAAAGCAAGUAAUGCAUGUAAAUAAAGCAGUACAAAUUAAA